AUGACCCAGGUGGACCCUGCACAACUCGCCGUCGUGCGACAAAACUACAAGGACGCCCACCAGGAUCACGUCUUCACCUUCUGGAACGACCUCUCUCCUCAACAACAGCAUACCUUCUUCUCUCAACUCGAAUCCAUCGACCCCAAGGCGCUCAACUCCAUUUUCCAGAAAGCCACCCAUUCCUCUCAGUCGACCACUAUCUUCAACGACCUCCAGCCUCUCACCCACAGUGAAGUAAAAUCGACCACGCACUCACUACUCACCGAACAACAGGACUGGGAACAACGAGGCCUCGAUGCCAUCGCCAACAACCAUGUUGCCGUUAUUGUCUUGGCAGGCGGACAGGGUACUCGCCUAGGCUCAUCACUUCCUAAAGGGUCCUUUCCUAAUAUCGGCCUUCCCUCGCACAAGACCCUUUUCCAGAUCCACGCAGAGAGGAUCAAGAGACUGCAGACCCUGGCCAGAACCCAUCUAGCAACAAAAACAGGACGAUCUCUGGACGAUGUCCUCAUGCCGAUCAUCACUUGGUGCAUCAUGACCUCCGGCGCCACACACGAACGGACCGAGACCUUUCUUAAACAACACGCCUACUUUGGACUCUUGCCUGAGAACAUUAUUGUCUUUCAGCAGGGCGUUAUCCCCAGCUUUGACUUCGAGGGCAAGUUCCUCCUCAGCGCCAAGGACAAGAUCGCUACAUCCCCCAACGGCAACGGAGGCAUCUUUUGGGCACUCCAUACCGAAGGCGUACUCGAGAUUCUUCAGAAGCGAGGGAUUCUUUAUACACACAGCUACUCAGUCGACAAUAUCCUAAUCAAGAUUGGCGACCCGGUCGGGAUUGGGCAUGCGCUUGCAACCAACGCCGAUGUCACCGCCAAGGUUAUGCUCAAGACCCGCGCAGACGAACCUUUGGGCGUCAUAUGUCACAUCAACGGUCAGGUUAGGGUUGUGGAGUACUCGGAGAUGGAUACUGAACUUGCGGCACUGACAGACCCCGACACUGGUGAAUUUGUAUACAGGGCAGGAAAUGUCUGCAACCAAAUUUUUUCCGUCGAUUUUCUGCAGCGGAUGCCAGCCAUCCUACAGACCCCAGAUCAGAACCUGUUGAUUUACCACCCGGCCACCAAACGAGUACCUUUUGUCGACCUGAUGACAGGACAAGAAAUUGAGCCGGACGCACCCAACGGGAUCAAGCUGGAGCUUUUUAUAUUUGACGCAUUCACACUGGCGGAGCGGUUUGCCUGUCUGGAAGCCGAGCGAGCGAGCGAGUUUUCUCCUAUGAAGAACCCUGAUGGACUGGAUUCACCUGCAACCUGUCGACGUGAUUUGGAGCGACUGCAUAUCCGUUGGAUCAAGCAGGCUGGUGGACACGUUGUUGCGAUCCCUGGUUCUCUUUCAGCAGCAGGAAGUGAGAGUCUUUUGGGGUUCGAGAUCAGUCCCACGUUGAGCUAUGAUGGUGAGGGACUGGAAUGGGCGAGAGGGAAAACCAUUCAAGCAUGCCACCUCGAAACCAAGGACGAUGCUCACUUUCUCUAG